AUCGCCACGGGGAUAAUGAGUUUCCUUAUGCAUGAGGUCGUUAUCCUGUUGUUUUGCACCACUGUGCAUUUGCUUCACCGUUCUACUUGGCUAUUGCAUCGGACGGCUGAAGGCCUCGGAAUGAGCACGUACCACGUUUCUUUCCCUUGGAUUGAGGUGAUAGCGCUCCAACUUUCCUGUUCUUUUUGUUGGAGGAUCUCCUCCACUUUUUUGGUAUGUGUGUCACCAAACAUACGAAUGUUCUGCAAAAGCUCAUCCAAAAUUCGCUGCAUGUACUCGGUCCCUUUCGGCUUAGCGGUUGAGCAAUAA